AUGAACCUGGGGGAUCCCUUUCGGCUCUGCCACGCACAUUCCCAGUUGCUCUGGUACAUGGAAUGAUACAGGAAGCGUUUGAAGGCCAAGAACCCGAUGUACAUCAAGCAGAUCCUGUAUCUGUUAGAGAAGUGUGUGACUGUGCUGGGUGGGAACAUUAAGCAAAAUCCCAACACACAGAGCCUCUUACAGACAUAACUGCCCCUAGGGACCGAGCUGAAGGCCAUGAUUGACAACAUCAACCUCUUCAAGGUAGAGAGGUGCUACUGCAAGAAGAGCAUGGUCAGCAGGAAGCUGUUUGGCAUCACCGAGAGGUGGGGGGCAGUCCUCACACCCCCUGGGGAGCAGCCCAGACUGGCUGGAUUCCAGCACUUCGUACAGAGCCUGCAGCCCAUGGUGACCGAAGCUCCCGCAGCCCCUGUGGAGGAGAGGGAGGCCAUGCCACUGCGGCCUGCUUCCCUGCUGAUGCACAUCGAAGGCUUCCUUGCAGCUCUCACCACUGCCAACCAGGAUGGCAGGGUCAUCCUGAGCCACCAAGGCAGCCUCAGUCAGAGCAGCCUCAAAUUCUUGCUGCUGAAUCCAGCUGUGCCUUUUGCCCAGGUGGUGAAGGAGUGCCGGGUGGUGGUCAUUGCCGGGGGCACCAUGCAGCUGGUGACUGACUUCUGGGGGCAGCUGUUCGCAAGUGCUGUGGCAGCUGAGUGACUGGUGUUUUCCUGUGGUCACGUGAUCCUAUGUCUAGAUCCUCUAGACACCAUCCUGCCCCUCGUCAUCUGCACUGGGCCCUCCAACCAGUAGCUGGAAUUCACACACCUGAAGAGAGAGCUGCCCCACAUGAUGGAUGAGACAGGUCGCAUCCUCUGUAACUUGUGCAAUGUGGUCCCCGGAGGGGUGAUCUGUUUCUUCCCCUCCUAUGAAUACCAACACCAGGUCCAUGCCCACUGGGACAAGAGUGGCCUGCUGGCCUGCCUGGCUGUCAGGAAAACGCUAUUUCAGGAACCGAAGAGAGCGAGCCAGGUGGACCAGGUGCUGAUGGAGUAUUCCAAGUGCAUUCAGGUGAGAGGGAACUCCGGCUUGGGUCCAGACUCGUGGGGUUGGCGGUUGAAAAUGUUUUGAUGGCAUCCCAGCUUUGGGUGGUCCCCGCAGUGCCAUGUUCAGGCAGGAGGCACGGGGACAGGGGCCCUGUUGCUCUCAGUGGUCGGAGGCAAGAUGAGCGAAGACAUCAACUUCUCUGACAACCUCGGCUGGUGUGUGGUCACGGUGGGCAUGCCCUACCCCAAUGUCAGGUCUCCGGAACUCCGAGAGAAGAUGGCCUACCCGGAUCAGGCCCUUCCCGGAGCCGCAGGUCAGCCUGCCCCAGGAAAGGCUCUCGUGGAGAAUCUGUGUAUGAAGGCUGUCAGUCAGUCUAUAGGCAGGGCCAUCAGGCACCAGAAGGAUUUCACCAGCACAGUGCUGCUGGACCAGCAGUAUGCCUGUCCACCUGUCCUGGCAAAACUGCCCACCUGGAUCUGAGACCGUGUGGAGGUCAAAGUCACCUUUGGCCCCGCCUUUGCUGCUUUGCAGAAGUUUCAUCACGAGAAGUCUGGCCUCUCCUGA